AGAUCAGCUUGAAUUGUGUUUUACGAAACAAGAACAUUUUGAAGUUUUGACACGGAUUUGGGACAAUUACAACACAAACAUUGAACUUUAACGAUGUGAUCACAAAAAUCUAAACAUUUGAGCUUAAUAACAGUUUCACAGUUUAUCCUGGAGCCACAAAAGACAAUCAGCCAUACACAACUGACUCUGGAGGACAUUUGUCCCUACUCCACACUGCAUGUGAGGAUUUGGUCAAAGGAGCCAGCUGGAGCGUUUGGAUUGAGCCUAAAAACACAGAGAGCUUACUAAAUUUACACAAAAACUCCUCAGUACUAGAAACAGGAGCUUCUUGCUGCUUUCCAACAUAAAUUAAUAAAACACACCACAGAAUUCUUUUGUUACAAACAGAUUUUCAGCUCACUGAUAAAACAAACUGUACAUAUUUGAGAGCAUAAUUAUCUCAAUUUUUAUUUUAGACUCCUUUUAAGCUAUUUUUUCAAACUAUUGUAUGCUUGUAAAUUUCCACAGAAGUUUUUCUUAAAAACCUGAGCGAUGAAACCCAUUAUUUACUUAAGUAGUCGCUUUUAUCAGCGAGGGAGAGCGCGCAUGCUCCUGACUGAUCCGGUACGAUCUGCCCUCACACUCUUUGCACUUUGGAACUUUUCAUUUUUUCCCAAGAGUUCAACCAUCACAAACAUGUUUUCUCUGUCACUGCUGAAGACGUUAAGGCAGCGCCUCCUCACCAGGCUUUCGGGAGUUUUGGGGACAGAGGCGCACUUCAGUGCAAACUCAUGCAGGCGAGGCCUCAGCAGCGGCAGCGGUGGGUGGACGGGACAGGAAAGCUUGGCCCAGGAUGAUCCAGAGAUGUGGAGUCUACUGCAGCAAGAAAAGGACAGGCAGUGCCGCGGGCUGGAGCUCAUCGCGUCAGAGAAUUUCUGCAGCCGUGCAGCCCUCGAGGCACAGGGCUCCUGUCUGAACAAUAAGUACUCUGAGGGAUACCCCGGACAAAGGUACUACGGAGGAGCAGAAGUUGUUGACCAGAUCGAGCUGCUGUGUCAGCAGCGAGCGCUCAGUGUUUUUGGUCUGGACCCAAACCUCUGGGGUGUCAACGUCCAGCCGUACUCAGGAUCUCCUGCUAACUUUGCAGCUUACACCGCUGUGCUGCAGCCCCAUGACCGCAUCAUGGGCCUCGACCUCCCGGAUGGAGGGCAUCUCACUCACGGCUACAUGACAAACAACAAGAGAAUAUCAGCCACCUCCAUUUACUUUGAAUCCACACCAUACAAGCUGGAUCCACAGACAGGUCUGAUUGACUAUGAGCAGCUGGAAAAGGUUGCCCGUCUCUUUAGGCCCAAAGUCAUCAUUGCAGGGACCAGUGCUUAUGCACGCCUCAUUGACUACACACGGAUGAAGAAGCUGUGUGAGGAGGUAAAUGCGUACCUGCUGGCUGACAUGGCUCACAUCAGCGGCCUGGUGGCAGCCGGGGCUGUUCCCUCUCCUUUUCAGCAUGCCGACUUGGUCACCACGACAACCCAUAAGUCCCUUCGUGGAGCAAGGGCAGGUAUGAUUUUUUAUCGGAAAGGCGUGCGGUCCGUGGACGCAAAAGGCCGGAAAGUUCUCUACGACCUGCAGGACAGAGUGAACUUUGCUGUGUUCCCAUCACUUCAAGGAGGACCGCAUAAUCACGCCAUUGCUGGAGUGGCAGUUGCCCUCAAACAGGCUUCUACUCCCAUGUUCAAAGAGUACAUCGCUCAAGUGCUGCUUAAUUCCAAAGCUAUGGCGAAUGCUUUGCUGAAGAAAGGCUACACCCUGGUGUCAGGUGGAACGGACAAUCACCUGGUCUUGGUUGACCUUCGACCUCGUGGGAUAGAUGGUGCUCGAGUUGAAAGAGUCUUGGAGCUGGUCUCCAUCACCGCCAACAAGAACACCUGUCCCGGGGACAAGAGCGCUCUCACUCCAGGAGGGCUCAGGCUCGGAACACCAGCUCUGACCUCACGAGGACUCAAAGAAGCCGACUUUGAAAAGGUUGUAGACUUUAUUGAUGAAGGAAUUCAGAUUGCCUUGGAUAUUAAAAAGAAAACAGGAAAUUUGGCCAGCUUCAAAUCCUUCUUGUUGGAGGACACCAACACAGUGUCCACCAUAGCAGAGCUCCGCCAGCGGGUGGAGCUGUUCGCAAGACCCUUCCCCAUGCCAGGAUUCAAGGACCAUUAAAAAUGAAUAAACAUUAGGAUUCUAUUCACUAAUGACACUGUAGCUGUGCCCUUUGAAGCUGUAAUAUAGCCAACCCUGCAUAUUUUGAUCAUGUUUUUAUUUGCUAAUGUUUGGAUGAUUUAUGUGCAAAAUGUAAAAUACACAAGGAUGCAAAAAUAGAAUAAUGUGCAUUUUAAGACAUAAAAUUAGAAAAACAUUGUAAUUUUAAUACAUUAUAAUAAGCUUAUUUUGAUAAAUGUUGUGUGGAUAUGUCUCGAUUUAUAUGUUCACAGAACCUCUUCCAAGAGGACAAAUGUAUAUGAGCUCAAAUAAAGAUUUAUCUUCACAAUCUUGUUACUAAUUGAUGAAAAUUAACAUCAUAGUUUAUGCAACAAUAAUAGGAUGUAUCUUUACUUUUAGCAUAAUAGUAACAAGUUACAAAUGGAUCUACCUAUAAACUGAUGUUAUAAACACAAAACCCUUUUUUUAAAUGAAUUAACAGAUUUUAAAAUUGUUUUUAUAAGUAAUUUGUUUGAAAAUUAAUAAGUUGAGUGGAUUCAAGUAUUACAGUAAUAAAUACAUUUUUAUGA